UAAAGCAUGCUGAAUUUUAUGCUUUCCAAAUUGAUGAAACUCCUGACAUUUCCAACACUGAACAAAUUUCUGUUUGCAUCAGAGUGACGUCCGAUAAUCUGAUUUCCACUCGAUUUGGAAUACCAAUUAACAAGUGCAGAGGCCAAUGCUUUGAUGGUGCUGCGAACGUUGCUGGCGGGGUGACUGGAUUGCAGAGUCGAGUACGUGAAAUCGAACCAAGGGAGAUUUUCGUCCAUUGCAACGCUCAUAACCUCAACCUAGUUGUACAGGAUGCACUGGACAAAGUAAUCUCAGCGAGGAAUUUCAUGGGCCUUGUUAAAGAAAUAAUCAACUAUGUGAGAGAUUCACCAAAACGAUGUUCUUUGUUCCGAAAAAUCCAAGAAGAUGAAAUUGAGAAUGAUCCUAAAAAAAAUCGUUGCUCUUGUCGCCUACUGUUCAACUAGGUGGACGAUGAGAAUUCGUCCUCUGAGGGUUGUUGCGGCUCAGUAUGGGACACUGAUGACAUUUUUCGAAGAACAAGCAUCGAGUUCAUCAACAGAUGCUUCUGCCUCGGCCAAAGCAAGUGGCUUUUUGAAACAUAUGGAAACUUUCGAAUUCAUGUUCAUGUUGACGAUGAUCAUUGAGAUUUUCCAAAAGAUUGAAAAUUUGAACGCAGCGUUACAAAAUUCUCAAUUGAGCUCCUUUGAUUCUUUCGAAAAAGUCGAUGCUGUAUCGUACUCUUUGCAAUUAUCUCGCGACGAAAAAUUUGAAAAAAUUUGGAAUGAAGCAAACGAAAGUGUUAAGAAAUUUGACAUCAAAGAGUUGAAUUGCCGCGACGAAAAAGAGUUCCUAAGCGUUUAGAUGAAAAUUCAAGUGCUGAAAACCAUGUUUUUUCGAAUCCAAAAGAUAUGUACAGAAAAGUGUAUUACGAAGUGUACGAUCAAGUUCUCUCUUCUUUGAAAACUAGGUUCGGAACAGAUUCGGCCAAGUUUUUUCGGGAUCUUGAAGCGUUUGUGCUGGGCGACGAUACUCGAAUCGAUAAAAUCAUCACAUUUUAUCAAAAUGAUUUCCAAAGAGAUGCUUUAGUCAGUGAUAGAAAUGCUUUCUUAGAUUUGGCAAGCAGAAAGGCAGUACGACUUAAGAAUCUUGGGGAAAUCGUGGUUUUUUUGCAAGAAAAUACAUGGUGUACAAGCCUUGUCCCAGAAUUCAUUCGAUUCGUGAAGUUGUUAUUAACAAUACCAGCAUCUUCUUGUUCGAACGAGAGAAGUUUUUCGACUUUGAAAAGACUGAAGACAUAUUUGCGCUCUACUAUUGGUCAGAAACGAUUAAACAAUGUUGCAAUUUUACAUAUUUAUCAUGAGCGAGCGGAAAAAAUGGAUUUGGAGAAAAUUAUGGAUGAAUUCAUCGUUAAAAACGCAAAAAGAACAAACGUUUUCGCUUUGUCAAAAGAUUGUUCCUAAAUUUGAAUGAUCGACGAAAUUUAAAUUGAAAAA